GGCAUAAUCAAAUAGACACAAGGGAAGAGGAGGUAUAUGAAACAAGGAAUACGACAGUUGCUCGUGUGCGAGGCUCCGCGUGAUAGCGUGAAUGUUGCGUACUGUGUGUUUCGUGGCUAUCACGUACUUUGUCAACCGUUUUCCACUGAAUACACAAAUGCAGUUCGAGAAGAUGGUUUAUCCCAGUAUAUAUCCAAACAAAUUCUCGCAGCCGGUGACUGAGUAACGGUGCCAGACCUGACGCGAGGUGCUCACCCGCGUUAGGUGCGUUGUGGGCCACCUAUCCACAUCCAAGCUGUGUUGGGUAUUCAAGUCAUGGUAUCGAGGUUCGACACGAACUUCGGCUGUGAGGAUUUUUUCGGGACUUACCAUUGCACUCGAGACAUGGCUUGUGAUCGUGGUGAUUCGGACUUCGAGUUCGUCACACCGCCAGAGGCGCCGGUCUUCGAACCAAGUAUCGAAGAGUUUCACGACCCUCUUAGCUACAUCGCAAAAAUACGACCGAUCGCGGAGAAGUCUGGCAUUUGUAAGAUCAAACCGCCGCCUAACUGGCAACCACCAUUCGCUGUUGACGUUGAUAAAUUCAAAUUUGUUCCAAGAAUACAAAGAUUAAAUGAACUAGAAGCAAAAACAAGAAUAAAACUUAAUUUCUUGGACCAAAUUGCAAAAUUUUGGGAGCUUCAGGGUUCUUCAUUAAAAAUUCCUCUUGUGGAGCGCAAAGCUCUUGAUUUAUAUUCGCUACAUAAGAUAGUAACUGAUGAAGGUGGAAUUGAAACAGUAACAAGGGAAAGAAGAUGGGCAAAAAUUGCAAAUAAAUUGGGUUAUCCUUCUGGACGCAGUGUUGGGAGUAUUCUAAAAAAUCAUUAUGAACGAAUUUUAUAUCCAUUUGAUGUUUUUAAACAGGGCAAAGCAUUGACAGACAUUAAAAUUGAGCCAGAUUCCAAUGUAAAUGAGAAAAAAGACAGAGACUAUAAACCACAUGGAAUCAUAUCAAGGCAGCAAAUCAAACCUCCAACUGAAAAAUUUUCACGCCGAUCAAAGAGGUUCAGCGGUCAGGAGGAAAAACAAGAAGUGUCUAUUAAACUGGAAGAUUGUAAAGAAGAAUGUGAUUCUGAUUGUGAUUUUAAAGAUGGACUUAGAAGUAAGCAUUUUGAUGACAAUAGCAAAGAGCUUAAAAAGUUACAAUUUUAUGGAGCUGGUCCAAAAAUGGCUGGAUUUAAUACCAAAGAAGGAAAGAAAUCAAAUAAAACUAGGGGGGUGAAGCUUGUUUAUGAAUUUGAUCCUUUGGCAAAAUAUAUCUGUCAUAAUUGUGGAAGAGGUGACAACGAAGAAAGCAUGCUUUUAUGUGAUGGGUGCGAUGACAGUUAUCACACUUUCUGUCUUAUGCCACCAUUAACAGAAAUACCAAAAGGUGAUUGGCGAUGUCCAAGGUGUGUUGCAGAAGAAGUUUCUAAGCCAAUGGAAGCUUUUGGGUUUGAGCAAGCUCAGAGAGAAUAUACACUCCAGCAAUUUGGAGAAAUGGCUGAUCAGUUCAAGAGUGAUUAUUUUAACAUGCCUGUACAUAUGGUGCCAACAUCUUUGGUAGAAAAGGAAUUUUGGCGAAUAGUUUCUUCAAUUGAUGAAGAUGUAACAGUUGAAUAUGGAGCAGAUUUACACACUAUGGAUCAUGGGUCCGGAUUUCCGACGAAAACGAGUGUUAAUUUAUUUACAUGUGACCAGGAAUAUGCAGAAUCUUCGUGGAAUUUGAAUAAUUUACCAGUUUUACGUAGUAGUGUCCUAGGUCAUAUAAAUGCUGACAUAAGUGGUAUGAAGGUACCAUGGAUGUAUGUUGGAAUGUGUUUUGCAACAUUCUGUUGGCAUAAUGAAGAUCAUUGGAGCUAUUCAAUUAAUUACUUGCAUUGGGGAGAGCCAAAAACAUGGUAUGGUGUACCAGGCUCUCAAGCAGAAAAGUUUGAACACUCAAUGAAAUCUGCUGCACCAGAAUUGUUUCAUAGUCAGCCAGAUUUACUUCAUCAAUUAGUAACUAUUAUGAACCCUAAUAUACUAACAAAUGAAGGAGUUCCAGUAUAUAGAACUGAUCAGCAUGCAGGUGAAUUCGUGGUAACAUUUCCGCGAGCGUAUCAUGCUGGCUUUAAUCAAGGCUAUAAUUUUGCUGAAGCUGUAAAUUUUGCACCUGCAGAUUGGCUCAAAAUCGGACGGGAGUGUAUAUCGCAUUAUUCAAAUUUAAGACGAUUCUGUGUAUUUUCUCACGAUGAAUUAGUAUGCAAAAUGUCGUUGGAUCCAGAUUCACUAGACAUAGGAAUUGCAACUGCAACCUAUCACGAUAUGCUUCAAAUGGUGGAUGAUGAGAAAAAAUUAAGAAAAAACUUGUUGGAAUGGGGUGUAACGGAAGCUGAACGCGAAGCAUUUGAACUUUUACCGGAUGACGAAAGACAGUGUGAAGUGUGCAAGACAACUUGCUUUUUGAGUGCAGUUACAUGUUCAUGUCACAGUUCCCAGUUAGUUUGCUUAAGACAUUUCACAGAACUUUGUGAUUGUCCUCCAGAAAAGCAUACAUUACGUUAUCGUUAUACUUUGGACGAAUUACCAAUUAUGUUACAAAAAUUAAAAUUAAAAGCAGAGUCAUUUGACUCAUGGGUGACAAAAGUAAAAGAAGCAAUGGAUCCUGAUAAGAAAAGUGACAAGAUUGAACUUAAUGAGUUGAAAGAAUUAUUGAAUGAAGCAGAAAGUAAAAAGUUUCCAGACAGUGAAUUGUUAACUGCUUUAACAACUGCUGUACAAGAUGCUGAAAAAUGUGCAAGUGUUGCACAACAACUUUUGAACAACAAACAGCGUACUAGAACUAGGCAAUCUGUUGAAACUAAAUAUAAGCUUACAGUAGAAGAGUUAACACUUUUCUACAAAGAAAUUACAAAUCUGUGCUGUGAACUGAAGGAAUCUGAUGGAGUUAAAUUUAUACUUGAUCAAGUAUUACAGUUUCAAAAAGAAGCAGAGGAAUUUGAAUCUAAAGAGGAUGAUUGUGAUAUUGAACAACUGGAAAAAUGUAUUGAUUUUGGAGAUUCUAUUUGUAUUGAACUACCUCAACUUGUUCGUUUAAAACAAAAAUUAGCACAAAUACAGUGGCUGGAAGAAGUCAAAUCUGUUCAAGAAGACCCGAAAUCCGUACAUCGUGAUGAUUUAGCAAAACUGAUCGAAAAAGGCAUGACAAUACCUCCUCAUUUAAGUAUAGAAAAUACACUUUCUGAGUUACAAGCACUGAUGCUUGCGAUCGACAACUGGGAAGAAAAAGCAAAAUUAUAUCUUCAUACAAAAAAUAGACAAACUAUUACGUCCCUUGAAGAGUUUAUUGGGGAGGCUGAUAAGGUAGAAGCUUAUUUACCAAGCUUAGAUGUUCUUCAAGACACACUGAAUAAAGCAAAAAAUUGGUCGAAGAUGGUGGAAGAAGUACAAGCGAGAGAUAACUUUCCAUAUUAUAAUACAUUAGAUGAUUUAAUUAAGCGGGGUAGAAAUAUCCCAUUGCAUCUAGAUUCUCUUCCAAUCUUAGAAUCGACUCUUUCCCAAGCAAAAACUUGGAAGGAAAGAACGGCACGAACAUUCCUAAGGAAAAAUUCACAUUACACUCUAAUGGAAGCUUUGUCGCCAAGAAUUGGAGUCGGUAUACAAGCACUGAAAUCUAAGAAAAAUAAAAGUGAAGAGUCUGUAGGACCUGUUUUCGUCUGUGAUACAAAAUUGGACGAUUCCAAUGACUCGGCUACCAUUGUAGCCGCAUUUAAAUUAGCCGAACAACGUGAAAUGGAAGCGAUGAGAAAUUUAAGGGAGAGAAAUUUAAUGAAAACCGAAAUAGAAGAUUCGAGGUAUUGCGUUUGUCGUCGACCAAGGUUUGGACUCAUGCUUCAGUGUGAGCUUUGCAAAGAUUGGUUCCAUUCUAACUGUGUACCUCUUCCGAAAACAUCGUAUAAGGGAAAGUUACCGAUGUCAAGGGAAAUUAAGUUUCUAUGUCCUUGUUGUUUACGUUCACGACGGCCAAGAUUGGAGACAAUUUUGGCUCUUCUAGUUAGUCUUCAAAAAAUUCCAAUCCGUUUACCAGAGGGUGAAGCUUUGCAAUGUUUAACGGAACGUGCGAUGAAUUGGCAGGAUCGAGCUCGACAAGCAUUGGCUACAGAUGAAAUCUCAUCAGCAUUGGCAAAAUUAUCGGUACUGUCACAAAAGUUAGUCGAAGCAGCAGCACGAGAAAAAACGGAAAAGAUUAUUAGUAGUGAGUUAAAGAAGGCGGCAAAUAAUCCUGAACUUCAUCAAAGGGUACAGGCGAUUGCACCGCUUAGCGGUGUGCAUUCGGAUGACAGCAUGCUCAGUACUGCAGACGAUGACGACGAUGUUGUUACUAUAGAUGACGACGAGCCAAGUUGUAGUACAUUCAACAGCAAUGAACAUGCAUAUUCUUAUAUAUCCAAAAUUCAGCGCAAGUCCCAAUCGAAUGACUCGAACGAGGUCGCAGUCGUGCUAUCGCAAGCUGCAAGGUUGCGUUUAGAAGAACUGAUGAUGGAAGGCGAUUUAUUAGAGGUUGCACUAGACGAAACACAACACAUCUGGCGUAUAUUAAGUCACACAAAUAGUCCAAGUACUGUUCGAAAGUACGCAUCGUACGAGGAAGUUCAAACUAAUUUAAAUCAAGAUACGAGGGACGUGAGAAAGCGCGGAAGGAAAAGAAAAUCCGAGGAAUUUGAAUUAUUGAAAAAGCUCGGAAGACAAAAGAUGGAAGAAAAAAAUUUAGCAAAACGCAAGGGACUGCAGAAGGAGAAAAAAUCUGCCGGUUCUCCGGUGCCAAUAAAACGUGGACCGCGAAAGAUGAAACGGAAGGAAGGUGAAGAAGGUCCAAAGAAAAGGGGUGGCAAUAGGAAAAAGACGAAGCAGGAUACAUCUGAUGAAGAAGACGACUGCGCUGCUGUUAAUUGUCUACGACCCAGCGGUAGGGAAGUAGACUGGGUCCAAUGUGAUGGUGGCUGUGAGGGUUGGUUCCAUAUGCAUUGCGUUGGUUUGGAUCGUACAGAAAUAGCAGAAGAAGACGACUACAUAUGCAGUAAUUGUAAAGAGGCCGAACAGAACUCAACGUCAAGAGCGCCAGAUCCCCUAGCUGAAUCAUUAGGCCUGGAUGCACUUCUUUCCCUUUCUCAAUCUCAGGGAUACCAAGGCACAGACAGCGAGGCAGACAUUCAAGAAACGACGUCCUUCGUCAGAACCUACUAGCCUACAUUAUCUCGUUAGCACUGUAAAAGGCUGAAAUGUUUAUCGAUUUCGAAUCACACUUCGACUGUGUAUUUACAGUCUAACAAUUAAAAUGUUACCUACAAAUUAUUCAGUCGGUUGGUACUGCAGGUGAUCAGGUGUCAAUCGAUCGUUGUGUCGCGAGUGGACUAUCGAGGAUAAAGUAUUAUAUAGUGCUGUCGAAUUACAAAGUUCUGUCACGACCACGAACAUUAUUUUUCUAUAUUGAUUUCGUAUGCCUUGCAGAACGACUAAUGUUUCGUAUGUAUCCCGCUGUAUAUUGUAUUUUUAUUCUUUAAGAUUAAGCCGAGCACUUGUCAAGUGGAAAGGAUUUAUUAUCCGUGUACGAUACGUUUAUUUAUAACCGUGAAAUAUCGUUUUCAUGCGUCGAUGUUUAACGUUGAUUCGUAACGUUACACUCUGCCUUUUUUUUUUAUUUUGACUUACACGAUACGUUGACUCUAAAUUACCUACAGCGUUUCGGUGUAAAGAUUUCUGAAUACCAUGAUUGCUGCGUAUUAUCGAUACGGAUAUCGCGGAUGAACCGUGAUAUAUUUCGUAGUUUGUACGACAUGUUUUCUAUUUUCUUUUCGUAAUGUUUUUUUUGAAAAAAUCGAAAAGUUCAUUAAUAAUCCUUACCUCUCGCUAUGUGGACCGGAAACGAAAGUUUUUGCGAGACCAAUGACUGUUGACAAAUUAAAUGAUACAAUGUUAAUACAAUUUGUAAUGCAAUUUGUAGUAUGAGCACGUGGUGCCCUUUAAGUGAAGUAUGAAAAGUUGCGAACGAUAAAGGAGCUGAGAUCGAGAGAAAUUCAAAACGAUGAUAAAUACGUGUUACGAGGAAGAAAAGUCAUUUCAGAAUACUUCUACUUCGAAGAAGAUUCCGUCGGUUUUUAUAUCGGCUUUUAAUUGUAAUGGCGUACAAGGUGACACUGAUUCCUUUUGCGCCAAAUAGUAUGUACAGAUAGACUGAGAUGUGUGUAUUAAAAUAUAGUUAUUAUACAUAUAUACAUAUAAGAAGAUUAGUUCGAAACAUAAUGUAGAUGGAAAUAAGUUAUAGUUUGUAUAAAAGAAAAAAUGAAAUAGAAUUGACACGCAAAUAUAUAGCAUAUCUAAAUCUGCCUUCCUGAGAUAAUUCAUUGAAAUUUUGUGGAUUUUGGACCAGAGUGUACAACUUAAAUUACAAAAUAGGAAUGUGCGGGUAUUCGAUAUUUCAAAUUCAAGUUGCAUCAAAGUCGGAUAGAUUCGGAUAGGUUCGGUUAGUUUCGGUACGAAAGAAUGAACUUGAGUGAAACUCUGCGAUAUUCAAUUUAUUUAUUCAAAUUUUUAAAUUUGUACGACAUAUUAAAAUUAUUACAUUUGAAAAUUUGUUACUCGAUUAUCCGCACACCUCUAUCAAUCAUUGCUUAUCAUUUCACUUAGUUUCUUAUCGUGAGAUAUUAACAAACUGCUUUUGCGACGUGAUGAAGUGACGAAUUUUUUAAAGGCCUAAAAGACUGUUUUACAUACGUAAAUUUUGUUCGUACAUUUUGAAAUUUGGCGUAGAAAACGAUAAUAUCGGUGUUAAUAUUUUCUUAUUUUGUUAUUUCAUAAAUUCGAUUUUAUGUAUUGCACUUUACUAAAAUAUUUUUAACUUAAUUAUUUGCAUUUUAUAACGUUGUUAAAUAUUAUACUUAUAUUAACAAUAAGAUUCCUUGACAAAUCGUUUCGUAAAUAUUGUAAGCAUCGCAAAUACGGAUCUCAUUAGUAAACGAAAAUUAAGUCUAUCAGUGUAAACAAAAUACGACUUUGUUCAACUAUGUUGACUCUGGUACAAAACCAUUUAACUUUAGUUACAAAUCAAUUCGGUCGCAUUCUUACUUCAAACAAGUUUAUUUUUUAUUUCUAUGUAAAUGCGUGUCUUUCUCUCUGUCUACCCAAGUGUAGUUUUUUUGCACGGUAUGCAAAAACUGCAUCGCGUAGAAAAGAUACAAAAAAAAAUGAAACUUUUAUCCUGGCUCGAUUGGCGCAAACAAACUUUGUACAAUUAAUUGUUAAAGAAACCGAGUAUCGAUUAUUGAGUUUCCAUGUGUAUUAAAACUCUAUGAAUGUGUGCUACGUGUAGAACGACGCGACGCUCAGUGUGUUUUAAACAUUUGCAUACCGGAACAUACGAUUAACACCUUACUGAGUCUUUCGAUAGACUUUUUAAUUGAUGAUUAAAAAAACAAUGUUUUAUUUAUAACUCGACAAGAAUGUUAAUUAAGCAUUUUGGGAACAUGAGUAUAGCGGGACUCUACACGAAAGUCGGUAUAAGUCCUCAUAUUAAUGUGAAAUUUUAGGAAGUUGAAAACGUGGAAAUUUAGGUAUUAGCAAAUUUAAAUGAAAUGAAUUGGGAGUUUUAUAAAUUUGUAAAAUCUUUAUUAUAAUCGCGAGUAGAGUUGGUAAGGUGUUAAUAAUCAUUGGCGUUUACGAAUGUAUUCCAUUAACGUGUACCUAUGUUCCAUUACUAGGCGUCAUAGCUUAAGAUGAAAAUAAGUUUUAUUAAUCACUAUAGCCUUUAUAGUUGAAGGGAAUACACUAGCAUCGUCGUCCACGAUCAGUAUGUUACGCGUUUCCGUUUAAAACAGACUGUAGGUCAGAAUAUCAAACGAGAAGUUAUGUGUACACACAUAUAUUUUUGUACAGAUACGAAGAAAAAAAAGAGAAAAAAAAGUGGCUCGAAAAUCUGUAUGAUCGUUGCGUCCCGGUACGCCGACAGUGAAUUUCUAACGAUAGUGUGUUUUCGUGUCAUUUUUUUUCUUACGAGGUAUGAAUUUCAUUUGUUUCCUUUUCGUAAUAAAAGAUAAUGUAUAUACGUACGUGUAUUAUUGGUUGUAUGUAUUUUAUACAAGGUACUUAGGCUAUUCUUCGUUACAUAAGCAUGGGUACAAGUUCAGGAAGUUGUAGGUUUCAUAAGAGGGUACACUAUCAUUAAAAAUACAUUGUAACGGACAUUCGAGCAUUGUACUUUACCAUAAAAGUACAUGUGUAUUAUUGUUGAAUACUAAAUAAUUCGUUCGAGCAAACACGAGGCAAGUGCCUACGCGUUUUUUCGUCGGGUAAAGAAAUUCAUGGUCGUUAAUCUUCCUCAGCAGAUAAUAAGCACAAACUGUCUAGUAUUGAUUCCGUUUUCCUUGCAACGAAUCGUUUACGUAACCGAGAACUCUAAUAAGUUAAAAAACGCGUAUUAUUAGGAGAAAAGUAUUAUACUUCGACCAAAACAAUUUUUUUUUUUAUUAAUAUUGUGAUUCAAUGUUACUAAUUCGGUGUGUAGAAUUUAUUAAAAGUUCAUCUGAUAUUUUA